AUGAGACGUUCACCGCUUUAUCUCUACCUACUACCGGCACUGCUCGCGAGCAGCAGCGAAGCAUAUCUCAUCGGCAUGAUCCCGCCCAGCAUACCACAACCCCAUCACAUCGACAUAUCCCCACAUAUCUCACAUCUCUCACAAGCCCUCUCACCGCCAUCAUGGCUUUCAUCACCAACAACAACAACAAUCUCACCCCUCCAACCCCGACAUACCAACCACAACCACAACCUCAGCGUCGGCUCUAUAGCCGGCAUCGCAGUCGGCGUCGCCUUGCUGGUUGUCAUCAUGUCGGCAGUGGUAGCAUACGGUCUGAGCCAGCGCAUUCGGAGGCGGAAGCAGACGAUGGAGGCUAAGCGGGAGGCUGAGGCGGCGGCGGCGGAGGGCAGGGACGUGGAUAUGGGACGGCGGCCUGAUGGGGAUGCGAAGGGAGGGGGCUUCGACUUGCGGCCUGCGGUGGAGGUGGAGGUGGAGUCUGAGGUGCCGGAGGAAUGGCAGAGUGCUCGUUCGGCGUUGAGUGGGAGGACUGGCUCGGACAGAGGGGAUGGUGAUGGAGACGGGGGUUUGGCGGCGGAUGGGGGGAGUGAGUGGUGUAGAAGGAUGGGAUCAAGUUCUUAG